GGAGGCGAGGCUUAACAAACUGUUUUGAACUUUCCCAGUCUCUCUUUGCACAGAGCUGACUUCACUGACCGACUCUCCUCUUUCGUCUUUUCUAUCUCCCCUAUCUCCUGUCACUAUGGUUACCUCCGUACUGCUUUUGGGCAUAUGUCUGGUCUUCAUCAUCAUGCAUCUCAAGUCUCGACGACCCAAGAAUUUCCCCCCUGGACCCACUGCGCUGCCAUUUUUGGGGAACAUGCACAAUUUGAGCCCAAGUAACCCUCUGAAUGACAUAGAGAAGUUGAGGAGGACUUACGGGAACGUCUACAGCCUGUACAUAGGCUCCAGAGCUGCUGUGGUGGUGAGUGGGACCCAGGCUCUGAAGGAGGCUCUGGUUGACAAGGCUGUGGACUUUGCUGGACGACCUCAAGACAUGUUCAUAAAUGAUGUCACUGAGAGGAGAGGUGUAUUUGUGACUGACUAUGGUCCUGCCUGGAUGGAGCAUCGUCGCUUUGCUUUGAUGACAAUGAGGAACUUUGGUUUGGGCAAACAGUCGAUGGAGCAGAGGAUCCUGGGAGAACUACAGUACACCAUUGAUCAUCUGGAGAAGAAUACUGGAAAGAUUCUGAGCCCUCAAACCAUGUUUCAUUCAGUCGCCUCAAACGUGGUCUGCCAAGUUCUGUUUAAUAAGCGAUAUGACCAUGGUGAGGAGUUUAUUAUGACAUAUGUGAACUCUUUCUGUGAGAUGACUAAAAUGAUUAACGGACCCUGGGGUUUGCUUUAUGACAGUUUCCAUUGGGUUCGGUGCUUGCCCCUCCCUUUUACUAAAGCGUUUGAGGCAAUGCAGAGAGUUAAAAACAUGACUAUCCCAGUGAUAGAGGAACACAAGAAGACCAGAGUGCCAGGAGAACCUCGGGACUUUGUGGACAGUUACUUGGACGAACUAGACAAGAGAGGCAAUGGCAGCUCUUCCUUUUCCUCUGAUGAACUUCUGAUGUAUUGCCUGCUCAUAUACAUUGCAGGGACAGACACGACAUCCAACACAUUGCUCUCCAGCUUCCUCUACCUCACGACGAGGCCACACGUUCAGGAGCGCUGUCAGCAGGAGAUAGACAAAGUCUUGGAGGGGAAGCACUUUGUCACAUUUGAAGACAGACACAACAUGCCUUAUGUGCAGGCAGUUAUUCAUGAAGCUCAGAGGACUGCUAACACUGUUCCUCUCAGUGUUUUCCAUGCAACCACCAGAGAUACAGAGUUUAUGGGCUAUUCCAUUCCUAAAGGCACUCUAGUCAUUCCCAACCUGUCGUCAGCGCUCAGUGAGGAAGGACAAUGGAAGUUUCCUCAUGAAUUCAACCCUGAAAACUUUCUCAACCACAAGGGGGAGUUUGUCAAACCAGAUGCCUUCCUGCCCUUCUCUGCUGGUCCUCGGGUGUGUCUGGGAGAAGGUCUGGCCCGUAUGGAGCUCUUUCUCAUCUUGGUGACUCUUCUGAGGAGGUUUAGGUUCAUUUGGCCUGAGGAUGCAGGAGAGCCUGACUAUACUCCAGUAUUUGGCAUCACCAUGACACCCAAACCGUACAACAUGAAGGUGGAAAUUAGAUAAUAAUAUUUUGGUUUAACAUGAUGGUAUUACAUUCUUUGGUCGUAUUCUAACAUUGAACUGUAUAGCUAUAAUUGAAAUUUGCAAUUGAAAACUGUAUUCAUUGGUUUCAGCUUCUUGUUGUAUGCAACAUUGAGGACCUUUCCCCAUUCAAAAGAUACAGUAUUUUUUAUGUUGUCAUGUUUUUAUGUGUUUGUUUUUAUAUAUCACUAUAACAACUUGUGACAACUCUCGGACAACUACUGUGAAUAAAAAAGACACCAUAC